UUAAAUUUGCGCGGAAGAUUUAUUAAUUCUUAAUAAUGGAUGAUAGAGAUAUAGCAAUUAUUUCGGCUGUGGUUGCACAGCAAAAUAUUUUCUUGCACCAACUAAUAAUGUUGCUUAAUGAUGAUGACGAUGAGGACUUUAACUUUGACGAAGAUGAGAUGCUUGACUGGGUCACUGCCAUAAAAACACAAAAGCCAGGAAGGUUAUGGUCGUAUAAGCGGUUCGGGACAUUUUGGGAGAAAGAUGUACCAGAAAACAACGAGGCGUUUUUCAAAGAGAGUUUCCGAAUGGAGAGGCACUGCUUUGAUAUUUUAGUGAAUCGGCUUGAAGUGCUGCGAAAGAAGGACACCAACUGCCGAGCUGCAAUUCCUUUGGAAAAGCGCAUCGCCAUUGCGCUAUACACUUUAGGCUCGUCCUCUGAGUACCGAACAGUUGGCAGGCUUUUCGGUGUAGCUCCAAACAGUGUGUGUAAUGUACAUGUACACAUGUGAAUUUUUGCGUGGUCCGCGCAAAUCUUCAAUUUUCUCCUGCCAUAUGUCAACCAGCAGGCACUCAAGCGCGGCACUCCAUUUCACCCUGCCGCCUGCUGUUGUUCUCUUGUUUGCUGCAUUGUGUAAUAAUAUUAUAUAUUAUAAACAAUAAAAAACAAAUAUAUCUA